AUGUCUCACCAGUCCCAGCCACGCUCUGGCCCCAGCCCAUGUCUCACCAGUCCCAGCCCUUGCUCUGGCCCCAGCCCAUGCCUCACAAGUCCCGGCCCUUGCUCUGGCCCCAGCCCAUGUCUCACAAGUCCCGGCCCUAACUCUGGCUCCGGCCCAUGUCUCACCAGUCCCAGCCACGCUCUGGCCCCAGCCCAUGCCUCACAAGUCCCAGCCCUUGCUCUGGCCCCAGCCCAUGUCUCACAGGCCGGGCCUUGCUCUGGCCCCAGCCCAUGUCUCACAAGUCCCGGCCCUAACUCUGGCUCCGGCCCAUGUCUCACAAGUCCCAGCCACGCUCUGGCCCCAGCCCAUGCCUCACAAGUCCCAGCCCUUGCUCUGGCCCCAUCCCAUGUCUCACAAGUCCCGGCCCUUGCUCUGGCCCCAGCCCAUGUCUCACAAGUCCCGGCCCUAACUCUGGCUCCGGCCCAUGUCUCACCAGUCCCAGCCACGCUCUGGCCCCAGCCCAUGUCUCACCAGUCCCAGCCCUUGCUCUGGCCCCAGCCCAUGUCUCACAAGUCCCGGCCCUAA